AUGAAAUGUGUGCUGUUUAACUAUUUUAGGUCGGAAAUAAAGCAUUCACAGCGACGAACGCAAAGUGAAGCAACCACCGAAUGUGCUACAGAAAUAACAGAACAAGCCAUUCAAAAUAUUUAUCAAGGUAAUCCCUGUGCGUCCACAAACAUAAAUAGCCCCAAAUGAUAUACUAUUACAGUAAACAAGCAACAGAAUGCUAUAUCAAUGUUGAUGAAUUGUCAAAUGGGUAGUUCAAUGAAUGGAUGUAAUGCAUUGAACAUGGCCGAUUACAAUGGAUUACAAUUUCUUUAAGGCCAAGAAACAUCCACGCCGUUAAAAACUGGAGAAAGCCUACAGCUUCCUUCUCCAUCUGAAUCCCCUGUUAUUGGAGAUGAAGUCGAGGAUAAUACCAUUGCAACAAUUGAUGCGAAUACAAGCUUUGCUCGGUCUGAUGCAACCCUUCUUGACAGGUACUGA